AACUGUUUAUCUAUUAAGAUGGAGGCCGUAAAAUGUAUGUAUAUUAGAAGUUAAUAUUAACCUCAAGUGAAACCCUAGUUAUAAUUCCAGAAUAACACAUGUAGAUGUGUGUUAUUUUGUACUAUAAAAUACACAGUUACAUUAUAAUUUUGUUAAAUAUUGAAUAUAAAUGGCUCAAGGGAAACUAAAGAUGAAAACUAAAUUAGCACAAAAUGCCAAAGUUAAGAAGCAAAAAGGAUCUGCAGUGACCAAAAGAGCUAACUGUCCACGUCAGCCUAAAAAACAAGAAGUUUCGCAGAAACUCAAGCAGGCUGUUAGUAAAACAGUGAACAAAUCGGUGGAAGAUGAAAUUCGAGCAAGAGCAUCAAAAGGUCCCAAAAAUUUUUCAAAAGCUCAGGAAGCAGUUGCAAAUCAUAAUGCAAAAAUAAAUUAAUAUAAAAUUUUAAAAAUGUACAUAUACAAUAUAAUUUUUUAACUAUUAUUGUUCUUAACUAAAAAAGAUAAAUUAAUUAAAUUGAUAAAUAACAGUUCUUUUGAUUAAACAAGGCAGACUGAAAAUGAGAAUAAGGAUCAUCAAUUCAAAAAGAAAUACUUAUAUAUGUAUACAAAUAAUUGAAAGUUCCCAAUUUCAAUAUUUCAUUCUACCUUCAUUCCUUUCCCCACAAAUUUGUUUGCAUUCUUGAUUGUAUCAGUCUAUUUUUUGUUUUGUUUUCUCUUUCUCAGCUGCUUGUGGGCAGUCUUUGACACAGCUUCGUCAAUUUUGUUUCAUCUUAUCUCUCUCUUUUUUUUGGUUAUCCAGACCUUGCCUCAGUUGUUCAGUGAUUUCUUCUACAAAAAGCUUUGUACUCUAUCCUCUUGUAGUUGGUUUCUAUUUUAUUCUAAAAACUCUAUUUUCUUCAUCGUUUGGACAUAUUCCUCUUUUAAGUUCAGUUAAUCGCUUAAUCCGUUUUCUUUGUUCUUUUCAUAAGUUACUUAAUUCUUCCAUCAUUUUCUCGUUAUUAUGCAAUCAACUCUUAUAUCAUGAUUAUUUUUAUUUCUCCUGUGGUCCCCUUAUUUGCUGUACUUCUACAAGGCGUUCUUGUCUUUUCCUUUUAUAUUCUCCCUCUGUAUCAAAUAUAUUUUGCAAUCUGGUGGUCACCACGUAAGAAGAGGAAAACUCAGAUCAACCUUUCGGAAGUUUUAUCUCAUGUUAGUUAUAGUCUUGUUUGGUGUCUAUAAGAUUGUAGAUAUAAUAGAUGUAAAGAGUUUUUAAUAAAUUUCAUGUAUACUGUAUUAAGAGUGAGUCGGAUAAAAAAUGUGAUAAUUUCUCAAUUAAGAAUUUGUUUGAUUUUUUGUUCUGCUAUUUUUGAAACGCAGAAACGUACAAUGAUCGUCCCUUGAUUUCGAAAGACCUCCUCCAGAAAUGGUAAAAAUAACCCAAUUAUGUCCGUCCAUAACAUUUCUAUAUUUAUUAUAUUAAACAAUUAGUCUUAAUGAAAUAAUUUUCUUUAUUUAUCCUUUUUCUAAAUAAUAUUCAAACAUAUUUAUUAGUUCACUGUCCAUAAAAUAUUAAAAAUAAUACUUACUAUUACAGGUGUGUGUGAAUCGUCUCAUCUCUAUAAAUGAGUCACGCCAGUACUCAAAGAAUAAUGUAUAAGU